CAGGGGACAGUGAAUCCCCCAUUCCACUCCUCUGACAGUGCUCUGCCUUUCUCGGCGAGACCCCGGCUCACAGUGCCGCACUCGGCUGCCCGUUCCCCCGGGUCAAGGUGCUCUCCUUCACCAGGUGCUGUUUCUGCAGAUGAGAACAGCAACCAGAGCUCCCUGUCUGACGUGUACCAGCUCAAGGUGGACAGCAGCCCCAACUCCAGCCCCAGUCCCCAGCAGAGUGAGUCCAUGAGUCCUGCCCACACGUCUGACUUCCGCACGGAUGACUCACAGCCCCCCACCCUGGGGCAGGAGACCCUGGAAGAGCCCUCCCUGCCUUCCUCGGAAGUGGCAGACGAGCCUCCCACUCUCACAAAGGAAGAGCCAGUCCCCCUUGAGACUCAGGUAACUGAAGAGGAGGAGGACUCCGGUGCGCCGCCUCUGAAGAGAUUUUGUGCCGACCAGAACUCUGUGUGCCACACGGCCUCGGAGAGCUGAGCCUGCCCGGCCCGGCACCCUCGCCAGCCCCUCGCAGAGCUGCCUGGCCCCCGGCACCGGCGCUUCCCCCCAGCCUGCCCCUUCCCCAGCAUCGGGGCUCCCACCACUCGCAUCGUGCCCGCCCUGCCCUGCCCUGCCCUGCCCUGUCCGACAGACGGGGCCGCCACCAGUACCUGCGAAUCUGCCUCUAUUUAUUGGCUCCCUCUCUCCCUGCUCCGUGCCCUCGAGCUGUGGGGCUCCGCUGGGUGGGCUGCACGCGUGGGGUGGGGGGUUCUCCAUGGGGCUCCCUGCUCUCCCGUGGUCUGGCAGAUGCUGUUUGCCUGCUCGUGGCUGCCCUGCCUGCCCUUCCCUGGGCACUGGGAACGGGAGAGCCGCCUCCCGCCUGCUCCAGGUGAUGUUUCCACUCUGUGGUGGGCACAGGCGGUGCUGGGGGUGGGGGGCGGUGGGGGGAGGGCGGCAGGGACCCGCUGGGACGCUGUGCAAUAAGCUGCUGGUUUAAGCCAUUGGUGUUGGGAGAGAGGGGAGCGCUUUCCCCUCCCGGAGGGCAGGUACUGGCCGGCCUCGGCUCUGCCCCCCGGGAGCCGGCAGAGUAUGGGGAGCCGCUGCCCUGUGCUGGGGGUCCCUGCCCCUCGUACCCGCCGUCCCCGGCACGGGGAAGGACGCGCGGCAGGUGCCGGAGCCCCCGGGAAGCACUCCCGGCCCGGGGCUCUGCUCCCCCCAAACCCCGCUGCCCCCCAGUCCCGCUCUCCCCCCGCCGCCACUGCAUGUCCCGCCGAGUCUGUGAUCCAGCCUGGCGAAGCCGAAGGCGCGGCCGCGCGUGGAAGUGGAAAGUUAUUUUAGCACUGAAUAGAAUAUUUUUAAAAUUAAACUAUUUGAAAUAC